AUGCUCAGAGGGGCCGGAGGGACGGAGUCGGGGGUCCAGACAGUUCCAGAGAGCCAGCCAGGUGCCCACGGGUGGUUCCUCUCGCUUAGUCACGGCAGCACGUGGAUGGUCAUGAUCUUCCGUUCCCGUGCCAGCCGGACUUUAGCCUCCACCUCAGCUUCUGCACGGACCAUGUCAGAUCACGUGGGGGCAUGCGUCUUCCCAAUCUGGCCCCCCCAGUUCAAACGGCAAGCCUCCACCACCGCCACGGCCAUCAUCCGGCUUGGCAGAAACACCAAGACUUCUUCGCAGGUAUUCGAUCCUCCAAGCUUGUCUAAUGGAGUCGCCGUGUCUGUUCUUUACGCAAUCAAGCUUUCUUAUGCCUACGCUCCCCUGACCAGUGUAUCGAAAUGGAUCGCAAUCCCCGAGAUGGCUCUGACCUCAUCGCGAGCGUGCCGUCAUCACGUCAAAUACCAACACAUCUCAGAAUCUUCAUCAUCAUCUCCGCCUCACAUGUUCCCCUCUUCUUCAGAUAAUGACCUCUAG